AUGACCAUAAUCACGGAUCAAGGCGCCGAGCACAACAGACCGGACAUGGUGAUAUGGUCCAAGAAGAACAAAACAGCCAUAAUCAUAGAUUUCUCAGUCCCACUUGACCAAAACCUAUCUAAGACCUAUGGGGAAAAGAUAUCAAAAUACGAGCCGCUGGCACGACAAAUGAAGAGCAUGUGGCACUUAGAUAAAGUCGAGAUAAAACCCUUGGUCAUCAGCAGCAAUGGGCUGGUCCACCGAAAAACGACAGAGCACCUCCGAGAAAUGAAUCUACCCUCGAACACAAUUCUAUGGAUGCAGAAGGCGGUUAUACUGGGGACGGUCGGCAUCAUCCGCCAGGCAAUCUUCCCUCACUGA